UUGCUUAUGUGUCCAGGUCGAGGGCUCCGCUCAAUACGGCGGCCAUCACACUAACUGCUCACAAUGGAUGGCAGCAACCUUCCUCGGCCGGUGCUCACGCUGCUGCUGAUGGCGACCACCUUUCUGGCCGAAAGACCCUGCGGGGUCACUGCAGCCGGACCAGCGCUGCUCUGCGAUAUGCCGAGGGAAAUGAAAGUACAUUUACUCAAGUGCGCUGAGACGAUUCUUCAACAACAUGUCGUGGCGCUGCUCGACAAGCGGUCCAAGCGGUUCUUCAAGGGACGCAACCUUGUGGACGCGCUCACCGACAUGUGCAUCGACGGGGCGCAGAUCGUCAACAACAACACUGUGAACAACCUUGAGGACUUCAAUGUGCCGGAUUUCCACAUAUGA